AUGAAUGUAGAUGUAGAUGUAGAUGAACCAAAACCCAGCGGCCCCUGGUGGGCAAAAGCUCUUUAUAUUACUGUGCACGGGCUCCAGAAAAAUUGGUUCCUGCAAAACCAGUUAGCUUGCAACUGGACAGGAAAUGAACAGAUAUGUGAAGAUGAUCCUGAAAUGUGGGAGCUGAUCAAAAAAGAAAAGAUGAGGCAGAAAUGCUGUUUGGAAUUAAUUGCAUCAGAGAACUUCUGCAGCCGGGCAGCACUCGAAGCACUCGGUUCGUGCCUCAACAAUAAAUAUUCGGAAGGAUACCCAGGAAAAAGGUAUUACGGAGGAGCAGAAGUCAUCGACAUGAUAGAGUCGCUGGUCCAGAAGCGCGCACUGGAGGCCUUCAGACUGGACCCCACGAAGUGGGGAGUGAACGUUCAACCUCUCUCGGGUUCGCCCGCAAACUUCGCCGUCUACACGGGGCUGCUGCGCCCCCACGACCGCAUCAUGGGGCAGGACUUACCCCACGGUGGACACUUGACUCACGGAUUCAUGACAGAUACUAAGAGAGUGUCUGCUACUUCAGUUUUUUUCGAGUCGAUGCCAUACCGCCUCGAUAUUAAGACCGGCCUGAUAGAUUAUGACAUGCUGCAAAAAACUGCACUUCUCUUCCGUCCCAAGAUUAUAAUUGCUGGAACAUCAGCAUAUGCCAGGUUGCUGAACUACGAAUGUUUCAGAAAGAUCUGCGACUCGGUGAAAGCGAUUCUGAUGGCAGACAUGGCACACAUUGCUGGAAUAGUGGCUGCCGGGCUCAUCCCGAGUCCAUUCGAUCACUGUGACAUUGUCACCACGACGACACACAAGACCCUCCGUGGAGCCAGACACGGCCUAAUUUUCUUCCGACGUGGCGAAAAGGGAAAAGAUAAAUGUGGGAAACCGAUAAUGUACGAUUUUGAACCUCGCAUCAAUGCGGCAGUGUUCCCGUCGCUUCAAGGGGGGCCGCAUAACCACACCAUGGCUGCUGUGGGCGUCGCAUUGCAACAGGCAGCUAAACCCGCAUUCUGUGAGUACCAAAAACAAGUACUUCAGAAUGCAAAAUGCUUCGCGAAAGGUUUGCUCGACUGUGGCUAUUCCCUCGUGUCGGGUGGAACAGACACUCACUUGGUGCUCGUGGAUAUGACGUCCAAGGACCUGGAUGGGUCCAGAGUGGAGGCCGUGUGCAACAGAGCCAGCAUCACCGUCAACAAGAACACCUGCCCGGGCGAUAAGAGCGCCGUGGCCCCCAGUGGCAUCAGAAUCGGUGUGCCCGCGUUGACCUCACGGCAAUUCAAAGAGCAGGAUUUCAUGAAGGUUCUCGAGUUCUUUAACAGGGCCGUCGAGAUUGCUGCCGAGGCAUCGAAAAAGUCCGGUCCAAAAAUUAAGGAAUUCCAGGGUGUUUUAGCAAAUGAUGCAACAAUAUGUUCAAAGAUAGAGAAACUGAAAGAAGAGGUUUGCAGAUUUGCUUUGUGCUACCCAAUGCCUGGAUUUGACGACCAUUAA